AUGGCAUCCACUAGUAAAGCAGCUAUCCCAGCUGUGCGGACUACGUUAAGCUCGAAAGCAGUAGCGAUCCCUGCUCGUCGAACCUUUGCGGCUUCGAUCCGAUCGUUCGCCGAAGGUGAUGCGGCCGAGAGCUCCACAGCUCGGUCCACAGCACCAAGAGGAGCUGCAGAGGUAGGAGAAAGCACGGAAGAUGCGUGGAAGCGGAACAUGGAGGAAGUGAGGGAAUGGCGACGCCGUCGGGAUGUCCAGCGCUCUAAACUACCCCUCUUCCUUCCACCAUCAGCCACCGCUCCGAACGCCCCCUCCCCACUCCGCCUAUCCCUCUCCACCCUCCUCGCUUCCGGCGCAGCUCUCGGACACGCCUCAUCUGCUCUCCACCCUGCGUACCUCCCAUACACGUAUGGAACCCGAUCCGGCCUGUCCAUCAUCGAUUUAGACCAAACACUUCCCAUCCUCCGGCGAACGGCGGCGCUCGUGCGCGAUCUGGUGAAGGAGGAUGGGGUGGUCAUGAUCGUGGGAUCGAGAGCGGGACAUGGAAAGUUGUUGAAGCGGGCAAGGGAGAGGAUGGGGGAUAGCGCAUAUGUCGUUGAAGAGUGGAUGCCGGGGACGUUGACGAAUUCCGUUACUUUCUUCGGCGUCGCACCAAUGCAAAACCAAGCACACCUCCCCGACCUCGCCAUCUUCCUCAACCCUUCCGAGAACCUCGGUGCAAUCCGAGAAUGUACCGCCAAAAACAUACCUACCAUCGGCAUCGUCGACAGUGAUACGGACCCACGCAUCGUCACUUAUCCCAUACCAGCGAACAUGGAGAGCAUCCGCACAGCUGAGCUCAUUCUUUCGACAUUGAGCAUAGCAGGCGAAGAGGGUCGUCGACUGCGCAGGCAAGCGAGGAUAGCCAGGACCGGAGGCCAAAGCAGGAGGUAG